CCGGCGCCGAAGGAUUUCUCAAUCUCGUGGUAGAUUAGCAAGCCUGCAUCCUCUUUACUAUUGCGUACUUGCGCUUCCAUUUCCGCCAUCUUGGCACGAACAAGAAGCCGCCAACGCCUAGAGUCGAAGAUCGUUCAACCUGUGGUCACGGCCAUGUCUUCACACUCGAUGCCAACGACAAAAAAUUUGUUGGAGACCUCUGGCGAACCAUUGCGGACACGUGAUAAGAAUGAAUGGGAGCGAAAGAUCUCAGAUACUGCCCAAGGUUUUCAGCACAAACAUAAACUUAUCAGUGUUCAAUUAGGUGACACGUCGAGAUAUCCAUCCGUGAUCUCCGACUUUCUCCUCACGAGAGUGUCACCAGCGUUCAAGACACUGGUAGAAAAUACUGGCUUCUCGGAGGGCCGCACUGGCUCAAUUGCAGUUGUGUUCAAAGAUGACUCGCCGCAGACAUGGAAUUUCUUCCUCUAUUGGCUACUCGACUCAGGGCUAGUCGAAACCAUCGCCUUCGCUGGAAAUUAUGACGUCGAGGAAUUGAACAAUGCAGCGAUGCUCGAGUUCCUGGAAGAGCCAAGGAUGCUUUUUAAUCCAGGGGCAAUCAAGGAGAACUUCGCGCGAACGUCUGGUGGGAACCCCUUUCGGAGCUUCUUAGUCGAGCAUGCAGUGCUCACUAUUGGAGAGGGAAAAGCUGGUUGCAAAGAUUACGCUUUUCUUCAUGACUCGGAAUUCUGGUCAAUUUUUCUAAUAGCAAAAGGAACUCCUGAUCUGCCAUGGACGCAAGAAGACUAUGAUGAAGAUGCUCAUAACUAUGAGAUUAUGCACAAACGGGUUCUGUUCGGGGUUGCACGCUUCUUGGACUGAGAUAUUAUGUUUGCUACGCUUGAUUCAAUUUGCGCUCGGUUUAGAUGCAAUGAAAUCGAAGAUAAUCGAUCUGACAGGGUUAUGGGGUCAGUAGCGACGAACAAUUGCGCGCGGAUGUUAGUCAUCAGGUAGUCAAAAUAAGGGAAGACCCGUGAGUUGAGCGGCC